AUGUCCAUCAUGUUAAACACAAAUACAAUGAAACAAUCACCGACACCUGCUCCCCUCCCACCUCCAUCGCAUAGCAGCUGUUGUUGCGGCCGAGAUGAUUGCCAUGCUCGUGCAAAGUGGCAAGAUGACAUGCAUGACUUAAAAAAUGAUGCGCGCACAGUUGCUGAUAUCGCACAAGAACUUCUCAGGGAAAAUGAGCAGCAUGUAAACAACAUAAAGAAGCUCAAUGCCAGAAUUGACGCCUAUAAAGCACAUACCCACGAGUUGAUGCUUUCUCUGGAGGUGGCUGCAACAACCCGUCAACACCUUGAUCAACAGUUAUCUGAAAAGUGCAAUCAAUUACAACAGGUUGAAGCUCGUUUUGAACGUGUCAACGCUAAGUACAUGGAUUUGAAGCAAGACUUGAAAACCAAAUCAGCCGAAGUCAUGGAUAUGCAGUUCUUUGUACAAAACACAGUAUGCGAAGCGGCUACUCGAGAGGUGACGUUGCGUGAAAAGCUUAAAGCCGCUGAAAGCAAGUUGACGGCUGCAGACAGGGUCAUCGCUAAAGACAAACAAAGCAAUCAAAAGCAAGGCGUACCACUCUUGGUGGAUUGGAAGCCUAUCAAAUUAUCAUCACAUACCAAGUUGCCUCAACUAACACGGCAACCGCAGCCUGUUUCCAACGCAACACAACAACAACAAUCAUUAUCAAAAACCACAUCCUGGGCAACUACGCUUACAGCUGGAUCUUUUAACAAUGACAACAAGAAGGCUUAUGCAACGAAACCCUCCAUGACUUCAUGUCAACAUGACCAACCACCAAAUCAAUCGAAAUCCAACAAUGAUUACCACCCCACGCCUUCUUCAAGUUCAAUGAUGAAGCGUAGUAGACCAUUCAACUUAAAAAACAUUCAGCCUGUCAAUCUAUGGACCAUACAAGUGACACGUGCAUUAGAGAAAUUACGAGCAACGGAUCCCGAUUUGAUCAAGAAACGUGUGAGGUCACCUUAUGACAGGAAGAAAUUGAGUGAAACGAGCAACUCAAUCAUUCAAGAUAUCCUUUCUGAUAUCGAGCGGCUCCACAACACUGAAGGCUCUCCUCUAUGGGAUCUUUGUAAGAAGCUAAUUCAAGAAAUUGGCGAGCUACGUACAAGGUUGAAUGAAUGUUUAUAG